AUGCGUCUGAAACUAGUGCCUAACUACCAGUACGACACUCACCAGGAAGCCAGCGCCUUCAGAGACAAUAUGGGAGCUGAUAGUCCUCGCAGCUCAGAACCCCUCCCAUUGGCUGUUGCCAAGGAGGCCAAAGUGAGUGACAUGGAGGAUGACCAGUUAGGAGAAGAGGACAUUGUCUUUCUGGACAAUAAGGUGGAGGGGAGGACGACAGUCAGAAGGAGAAGCUGGUUCUGUCGGAGGACUGUGAGCUCAUCACCAUCGUGGCGGUGGUUCCGGGUCGGCUGGAGGUCACCACACAUCACCUGUACUUCUACGACGCCAGCAGCGAGAAGGGAGGAGACGGAAGAGGGAAUUGGUUUUGAUUUCAAGCGGCCCUUGUCUCAGCUGAGAGAGGUGCACCUGAGACGCUACAACCUGCGUCGCUCUGCUGUGGAGCUAUUCUUCAUCGACCAGUCACACUACUUCAUCAACUUCAAGAAGAAGGUGAGGAACAUGGUGUACUCUAGGAUCCUGGGGCUGCGGCCCCCCAACCUCUUCUAUUUUGGCUCCCGCUCUCCUCAGGAGCUCCUCAAGGCUUCUGGCCUCACACAGAGAUGGGUAUGCAGAGAGAUUUCCAACUUUGAAUAUCUGAUGCAACUGAACACCAUCUCUGGACGUACCUACAACGACCUGUCUCAGUACCCUGUGUUCCCAUGGGUGUUGAGUGACUACACCUCUCCAGAUCUGGACCUGGAGAACCCAGCCGUGUUCAGAGACCUGUCCAAACCCAUCGGAGUAGUCAACCCCCGCCACGCACAGAACGUCAGGGAGAAGUAUGAGAGCUUUGAGGACUCAACGGGCACGAUAGACAAGUUCCACUAUGGAACACACUACUCUAACGCUGCAGGAGUCAUGCACUACAUGAUCCGUAUGGAGCCCUUCACCACCCUCCACAUCCAGCUGCAGGACGGCAGGUUUGACUGUGCAGACCGUCAGUUCCACUCUGUAGCAGCAGCCUGGCAGGCUCGCAUGGAGAGUCCCGCAGACGUCAAAGAGCUCAUCCCUGAGUUCUUCUACUUUCCAGAGUUCCUGCAGAACAUCAACGGGUUUGACCUGGGCAGUCUGCAGAUGACCCAGAACAAUGUGACUGAUGUUCUGUUACCACAAUGGGCCUUGUCUAGAGAAGACUUCAUCAGGAAACACAGGAAAGCUCUGGAGUGUGAGCACGUUUCCUCUCACCUCCAUGAGUGGAUUGACCUGAUCUUUGGCUGCAAGCAGAGAGGGGAGGAGGCGGUGAAGGCCCUCAAUGUCUUCUACUACUGCACCUAUGAAGGUGCGGUGGAUCUGGACGCCAUAGCCAAUGAGACGGAGCGCAAGGCCCUGGAGGGCAUCAUCAGUAACUUUGGACAGACGCCCUGUCAACUACUCAAGGCGGUGGUUCCCAGGAACCAGAACCGCUCCUUUAUCAUCCAGGGCUCUGACGUACUG